AGAGAGAGAGAGAGAGAGAGAUCAAAAGAUGCAAAUUGGCGUAGAGGACGAGCUCCACCACCUCCGAUCCAAAGCCACCGAGCUCCUCCUCAAAGAGGAUUGGAAGGGUUACAUCGAUCUCUACACCCACCUCAUCUCCCUCUGCGGCGAUGGAGGAGGCGGCGGAGACGAUGGCGGAGGCGGCGGAGAUGGAGGAGCAGCCGCCGCCGCCGCCGCAAAGGUCCAUAAGACCCUGUGCGUGGCCCUCUCCAACCGCGCUGAGGCCCGGGCUCGGCUCCGCGACCUCUCCGGCGCUCUCGAGGACCUGGAUCGCCUCCUCCAACUCGAUCCCUCCCAUCUCAAAACCCUAGUCUCCAAAGGUAAGAUCCUCCUCGACCUAGGCCGCUACUCACGCGCGUCCGAGUGCUUCCGCCGCGCUCUGAGCGCCCACGGCGCCGGAGGCGCCGAGAGCCUCCGCGCGCUCUUGGAUCGAGCGCGGAGGCUCGAGGUCCGAUCGAGGACGGGGUCGUUGGACCUCUCCGAUUGGAUCCUCAACAGGUGCGUGGGGAACCCCCCCGAUCUCGCGGAGUUCGUGGGACCGAUUGAGAUCCGGCGAUCCGGGUUGGGUGGGAGGGGGCUCUUCGUGACGAAGAGCGUGGAAUCGGGAACCCCUUUGAUCGUCACGAAGGCGGUGGUGAUCGGAAGAGGGAUCCUUCCGGAGGCCUCAAACACUGCCGAUGGGUCUGGCAACGGUGCUCGGAUGGUAAUGUGGAAGGACUUUGUCGAUCGGAUCAUCUCCGUUGCCGAGAGGUGCCCCAAAACCCUAGCCCUAAUCUACGCGCUCUCCACCGGCGAGGACGAAGACAAUGAACAGAGAAGCAAACUCACCAUACCUUCUAUGAACCUAUUCAACCCCGACGCGGAGGAUGAGACCUUCGCUGUUCGCAACAAUGAGCUCGACGUGGAGAGAAUUCUAAAAGUAUUGGAUGUGAACUGCUUAACUGAGAAUUCAGUUUCGGCGAAGGUGUGGGGGAAGAACAGCGGCUACAGCGGCGUGGGGCUGUGGGUGUUGCCUUCUUUUCUCAAUCAUUGUUGCGCACCAAGUGUUCGGCGAUUGCACAUCGACGACUGGGUCGUCAUCCACGCGUGUAGGGAUAUCAAAGCCGGGGAGGAGAUCACGUCCGCGUACUUCGACGUGCUUUCACCGCUGGACAAGCGGAGGGAGAUGGCGAAGAGGUGGGGGUUCGAGUGCGAAUGCGAGAGGUGUCGGUUUGAAGCGGAAAAGGCCCCAUUUUUGAAGGAGGUGGAGGGAAUGCUUAGGGGGGUUGAUGUGGGGUGUGUUAUAGUGAGAUUGGAACAAGGGAUGAGGAAAUGGGGGGUGAAGGAGAAGGGGAGAGGGUUUAUAAGGGCUUCAUUUUGGGCAUUUUAUGAGUCCGUUUACGGCUCGGAGAAGCUGUUGAGGAAGUGGAAGGGGAAGGUGCCAAAGGAGAGUGAGGUGGGGGAGAGUAUAGGGGAGAGCGUUGGCGGCGAUGAGAGGGUGUUGAAGAUGGUGAUGAAAGGGUUGAAGAGAGGAGGAGGGGUUGGGAUAGAGGUGGAGAGGGCUUUGAGGUUAGGGCGAGGGACUUACGGGAAGGUGAUGAAGAGACAAGCCAUGAGAGCUGUCGUAGAGCAAAUUUAGUGUCUGUUUGGCCUAACUACUCUUCUGCUACUAAGGAGAAAAGUCGAGAGAUUUUGCUCGAGCGGAGGGUGGAAAUAAGCUUGUCUUUCAACUGAAACUAGAACCUACAAUUUUGAGUUUCAACUUCCGAUACUGCAAAUAUAAGCUGUUGAGGAGAUUUUUUUUUUUAAACUAAAAUGCUGAUAGUGAUCUUUCUAACAGCUUUAAACUCAACAGUCAGACCAAACUAGCUUUCAGAUUAGAUUGUAGUGGUCAUUUGAGUGUUUCCUUUUUUUUCUCUUUUGUUCUUUGGGUCUAUUCAUAUCAUUAUAUUAUCUAUUUGGUUCUUUUAGGAUGUUUGUACUAAGAUGGUUAAGAAAUUCUUGACCACGUUUUUCUAUUUGCUCCGCUGUUAAAGAAAUAUUAUCUAAUUUGGUAUGAACGUGAUCAAAUGCGGUGGA